CAGGUCUCUCGCCGGUGCUUCGCUGCCCUGCUCGGUGUCGCCCGGGUGUCGCGCCGCAGCAUGUGGGCUCCGGCCGGCGGGCUGUUGGGCCCCCGUGCGGGGCUUCGGGCGCUGCUCUGCGGCCGCGACGUGGCGCUCCUUCCGGGCCGCGCGCGGACCCUGCACGGCUCCGCAGUCGCCUGCGGCAGCAAGAACCUGCUCAAGAAGUUUGCCUCCAAGUCCAGAAAAAAGUUUUGGUAUGAAGGUCCUUCCUUGGGGUCUCACUUGACUCACACGCCAUCCAAGCUGGAAUUCCUGGUGAAGAGUACUUCAAGGAAAACCAGGAAGGAAGACCACGUGCGCCUGAGGGCCCUGAAUGGCCUCCUCUACAAAGCGCUGACUGAUCUGCUGUGCACCCCUGAAGUGAGCCAGGAGGUCUGCGACCUGAACCUGGAGCUCUCCAAGGUCUCCUUGACUUCAGACUUCUCAGCCUGCCGCGUGUACUGGAAGACGACUCUCUCUGCAGAACAGAACGCGCACGCACAGGCCACCCUGCAGAGAAGCGCUGCAUACAUGAGGCACCUUCUGAUGACCCAGCAGACACUGAGGAACGUGCCCCCGAUAGUGUUUAUUCAAGACAAGGCAAACGCAGCACUAGCUGAGAUUGACCGGUUGCUGGCAGUAGCUGACUUUGGACCCUCAGAUGGAGAACAUGUUGUACCAGACGAUUUCAGGGACCCGGACGCCCUGCUGUGUGACACCGCGGGACCGGCCACACACUCGAGUCUAUGUGGGAUCGAUCACCAGGCACUCAACAAGCAGAUCAUGGAGUACAAGAGGAAGAGAGAGGGCAGGCUUGGGGGUGCAGCCCGGCCAGGGCCAGCGGCCGAGCUGGCACAGCCUGUGGUAAAAGGGAAGAAGAAGGCCAGGCCCCGUAUGGAACAGGACAGCUCCCUCAGGAGUUACCUGGCAGGUGGGGAUGACCUGGACGAUGCCCCAGGCCGUGAGAGCGACCCCCAGGGCUCAGAGGAUGAGUGGGAGGCUGAGAGAGGAGGCAGUGGCGCAGGUCACGGGGGCUGUGCUGGGGGAUAGGGGAGCGUCAGCUCUGCCGCCGUGGCUGUGGGGGGCACCUACCCCGCCUGAGCAUGUCAGAGAGCCCGUUGGCAUGAGGUGCAGCCUGUGACUUCGGUUGGUGGCUUCAUCUGCUCUUCUGCCAUGUCUAUGGUUUAGCUCUUCCGUGUAUCUAAACGUGAUUUCCUGCAGAAAGUCACUGUGGUUUUUCCUCCAACAUUGUGUGUAGUUAAAAAAGUAAACAGCCAAAUUCACAAAUUCUCACAAAAGUAAAAACAGUAAAAUAGUGUCUUGGAGACGGUGCGCACAGGCGCCUCCACCUGCAGAGCUGGGCGAGCAGCAGUGAGUUCUGGGCCCACGGGCCGGCGCAGCAGUGCGGGCUGAGAGCUGAACCUGCCGGCCUGGCCGGCGGGGCCCAGCACCGGGGGCUUCGUCCUCCGACGGGUCUCCAGCGCAGCCUUGUGCAGCAGCUUCCCCUCCUGGUUGAGGCCAUGGUUGAGCAGAGAGUGCGAGUCGGUGGGUUUGGGCUUCCUGGCUGACCCUGGCCGUGACCGUAGCUCCUGUCACACCCGAAGCAUAACAGACUUUCCCCUCGGCGCCUGUGGCCGCCUAGUGUGUACUUUCUAAAGUCCGUCCAAACGUCCGGCAGACCUGGGCUUUGCCUCCUGAAGAGCACGUGUCGUGACACACGAGCCACGAGAAGCGUCUGUGUGUUGCACUGGGUCUUUUGUGUUGCCUCCAAGGCAAGGGCUCGCUUUACUGUUUAUCGAAAGAGAAGACACGCGACACACGUGUAAGUGUCUUUCGGUUUGGCUCUUUUUCCUGAUGCCUUGGCCCCUCUCAGCCCUCAGGUCCUAAAUCCUGCAUUGGCUGCAAACCGGCCACGCUACGUAGGCCGGUGUCACCUCUCUGAGCCCUAGCUCCCUAGCCCCCUGUCAGCACCAUGGACUGGAGCCUACCUCACGGUGUUCUGUGAGCAUCGAGGUGGCACAUGGUAGGUGCUCGCUAAACGGAGGGUUGUUUGUGUGGAGAGAGCAGGUGCAGGAGCAGGUCUGUGGCGGCUGGUGUGGGGCACUGCGUACUGCGGUGGUGGCUUCGGCAGGGAGCUGGGCAGAGACCCUCAACGACCCGCAGACAAGUAUCUUCCCAGAGCAGGAGCCUUCUUCCCUCUCUGUGCUGCAAGACCUGCUCACAUCUCAGCUGUAAACGUCUUGGAUUGGUGGCAGUCCGGUUCCCAGGGUGGGCUGGGCCGGCACUGGGCAGGGUCCCCUUGGUGGUCCAGGAGUGAGGCAGCAUCAGAGCCUCUGCUCUCAGGGUGUCUUCCCUCAGUCGACUCCCCAGGUCAUGUCUGGGACAGACUCCCCAAGGCCCCAGGACUUUGUUAUAAGAGCAGAAGUCCAGUUCCCCCCCACUCCACUGGUCAGGAGGGGAAGCCUGUUUUACAUUAGAAACUUUAGGUACUUUGUAAAGCUGCCAGCCACGUUGAAGGGGAAGGGUUUGGGUGUAUUUUUGGGGAGGAGUGGGGGGACCUACCUUGGACAGGGGUAGGAAGAAGGGACAGAGCUGGAGGAAGGAUGGUCUGUGCCCAGGUCAGGGUAGAGGGAGCGGAGACCUUUCAGUGCCUGGCUUGCUAGGGCCGGGGGCGGUGGGAACAGAGGGAGGGCAGGAGUUUUCUCUCCUCUGCUUGGGACCCAGUGAUUGUGAGUGUCUGUGGCUGAUGCUGGCAAGCAUAUUGAAG